GUAAAAUUUUCUAAAAAAAUAAAAUAAAAUUGGAAAGUAGGAAAGAACUGAUGCUUGGAUUAAGGUUUGAGUUUGAGGGUCUACAUCUCUCCACUGUCGUUUAAAGCUCCAAGUUAGAUAACCUUUCGUUCUUAUUCAGAUCUAAAAUCCCAAAUCUUUAAUAUCUACAAAUCGUUUAUUGCAUAAACAUUGAUUUAUCAGUACAAAUUCUUGUGCAUUACAAGUGUGCAUAUUAUCAUCCUUGUCAAUCCAGUUUGCCAUGUCACGUCGGCCUGUGAAUCCUAAUCGCCGAUUAGUUGAAAGCGGAACCACUUCUCUGGUUGGGUCGUUGCAGUCAAAAUCUCGCUCAUCACCCUAUUUGUCCUUGGGGCUUGUUGUUUUGGGUGCAUUCCUUUUCAUUGCCUACUCAUUCAGUGGUUCAGGUCGCACAAGAGGUGUUGAUGUUGUGAGUAAAUUUGAAGGUGGUGUGUCAUGCACUUUAGAGCUGCAACAGGCCUUGCCUUUUCUAAAGAAAGCAUAUGGAGACAGCAUGCGUAAAGUGUUGCACGUAGGCCCGGAUACCUGUUCUGUAGUGUCUAAGCUUAUAAAAGAAGAUGACAUUGAAGCAUGGGGAGUAGAACCGUAUGACAUAGAUGAUGCUGAUAGUCAGUGCCAGAAACUUGUGCGCAAUGGAAUUGUGCGGGUUGCUGAUAUCAAAUUUCCUCUUCCAUAUCGUGCAAAAUCGUUUUCACUUGUUAUGGUAUCGGAUGCCUUGGAUUAUUUGUCUCCUCGAUACCUUAAUAGAACACUUCCGGAAUUGGCCAGGGUUGCUUCUAAGGGGCUUGUUAUUUUCACUGGUUAUCCUGGACAACAAAGAGCCAAGGUUGCUGAGCUCUCAAAAUUUGGCCGUCCUGCAAAAUUGCGGAGCGCUUCUUGGUGGAUUAGAUAUUUUGUUCAAACAAGCUUAGAAGAGAAUGAAGCUGCAACGAAGAAGUUUGAUCAGGCUACCGCAAAGCGAUCAUACCGGCCAGCUUGUCAAGUUUUUCACUUGAAUGCAUAUCCUUGAGAUUUGUGGUAUCAUCUAUUUCUUUACAAGUUUCGGCGUCAAAAUGAUGCGUAAUUCACUUUCCCGCAUAGAUCAGAUUAUAUUAUAGUAUGCCAUCAAAGAAAGUACGAAAUUCAUGUAAUCUUAAGCUAGCUUUAGAUCAAUGUUUCCAUUCGUUCUCUUUACGCCAAAUGUAUCAUGGAAAGUUAUCAUCUUCCAUGCUUCAAUUGUUGUGUCAUCUAAUGCCAAAGUUGUAGGCCGCUGCAAUUGAUAUUUAUCGUCAUACUUUGUCAAUUUUGAUUGUUAUUGUUGAUCAACGCCUAUAAGUUAAAAGAGUAUGUAUAAAUGAUUUUCGGGCGAAAUUAGCUCGAAAGCUUAAA